AUGACCUCGACCACUUUCGCAGGCCGCCCCUGGGCCUUUCCUCCGGAUUACCAUUUCAGCGCGAGCGGCCAACAACCACCUUUGGCGGGCCCCCUGGAAAAAGCGCACAACAUCAGUGGCGCGCAACAGUCUCAGCACCCACAACACCCACAACCACCACAACAACAACAUCAACAACACCCGCCGAUAUUUCGACAACCACCCCAAGCACACGACACGCGCAGCGACAUUAUAAUCAACACGCACCGACAAAACCACAACUCAUCGAAGCUGCCGGCGUUUCGAUUUGCAGACCUGCAAAAAGACCGCAUUCCGGCGCUGCUCGCGCUGCAGCAAGCGGCCCCACUAGCGCCGGUUCUGUCGCAAACGACCGUUGCUGACCCCCUGGGCGCAAGCGGGCACAUCCCUGAAGCGUCGCAUAACAUUCGCACCCUCCAAACCCUCCACCAUUCAAGCAGCACACCAACCCUGCCGGAUCGGCCGGCCCCCUUACCUACUCCCGCUACUACCUUUGAUGUCACGACAAAGACGACGACAAAACCUCGCGCGCGCACAUUCCAACUGCCAGGCUUCGACAUCGCUCGCGACAACACGCCCACAGGCUCCAAGCGCCCGGCCUCGUUCUCCGACACGCACAUUCUUCCCCGCGACGCGUCGGCCGCAAACCGUCCGACCUCGCCGAUCCCUCCGAUUAAACGGCGAUUGACCGAGAGCGCGAUUAAACAUUCGAGCCACGGGCACCGAGACAGCGCAAAAUCGGACGUCAAGCAAUCGCGCCCGCCGCUCUCGCACAAACCGUUUACGUCCCCCAGCGGCGCUUCAUCGUAUUCCUCGGGCAAGCGGACUGCUCCGCGCUCGUCCCGGUCGCCUGGAGCGCGCAAGAGUGUCUUUCUCGAUAUGCGCGCAAACAACGACGACAUCGCCGGGACGGGGUCAGAAUACCACCAUCGCGACCGUCCAUUACCCUCGAUCGAAGGUGGGCGAGGAGAAGACGAAGACCUCCCACAGCCGACACCGUCGGAAAACGACGAAAUGACGACAACCACGGACAACGACAACACGGCGGACCUGUUUAUGAAGAUUGCCGGGGAGGAUCCGGCCCCGCGGGCGUCGGAGCAGCUACCAGCCUCCGCGUCCGCCGAGCCGAGCCCUCUAUCGCGCAUCUCCCGGAGCGCACAUCGUCGACCGCUCUCCACUUCCGUCGCGGCGACACAUCACGAGACCCCCUCGCCACCGCGGGUCACACGUCGGAUGUCGGACCAACGCGACAGCUCGCAAUCACGACAGGCGGCCGACACGCAGUCGGCGCAUCCUCUCUCGCGCGAGUCAUCGGCGUAUCGCACGCCGGCGGGGAGGGAGAACCUGCCCCCGCUCGCCACGUCGGCCGAGAGCUCUAGCCGGUCCCAGUCCGGGCGGACACCCCUGCGGCCAUCGCCUGUGACACCCCGGCAGAUCUCGUUCAAGGACUCCCUCGCGGGGGAGAACAGCUCGAGCUCGAGCUACCAGCGUAGGCGGCAGUCGCUGACGGAUAAUAACAACCACAGCAGCAACAACAGCAGCAACCCGUCGUCCUCGCGGUCGACGCACUACCGCAACGCCAACCUCGUGAUCACAUCAGCCCGGACGUACCACUCCUCACCCUUAGUCCCCAAAUCCGUCAACGUUCUCCCGGAUCACCCGAACACCUCCGACGCGAACCAGGCCGCAGUCGAGGGGAACGAGUCGUCGUCGUCCACAGCCGCGCCAUCGACGGUCUGGGACGAGCUGGAUGACCUGAAGUCGAGGAUCCACAGGCUGGAACUGACGGGCAAGAUGCCAGCUACGCCAGGCGGUAAUGGGGCUAACGGGGUGUCCCGGUCAUCGGAAGAGCGCCCACGAACGGCGACGACAAACGCCACGACGGUAUCGGCGUCGCCCAAACGCGGAUCGGGGACGGGUCAGACGCACAUGCAGCACUCAUCCCCCCUAGCCCGCGAGGCCCAGCCGCUGCUGCUCUCAGCGCUGAGCAAGACCAAGAACCUGGUCAACCCCGACGUCUUCGACGCGAUCGAAUCAGCCGCCGCCGACGCCAUGACGCUGUCGUCCAUGAUUGGGUCUGUGGGGCAGCCCGGGCCGGUGUCGAGCGCCGCUAGUGUGGUGGGCGGGUACAACGGCAGCGUGACCGACCGGCAACUGCGCAAGAAGGCGGAUAGUAUCUGUCGGAGUUUGACGGAGUUGUGUCUCGCGCUUGCGGACCCGGCUGGAAGGACUAAGUUGCCGCUGCCUGCUCCUCCUCCCACAGCAGUAGCAACACAGGCAGCUCCCGAACCGGAGACAACAACCAUCAGUCCAGCAAUCAACCACCUCGUCGCCGAAACCCCCAACAACAACAACCACCGCCGACCUAGCGCCGUAGCCGACGCCAUCGUCAAAAACGGAGCAGCAGGCGCAGGUUCCACCAACCCCAGUCCCCGCGCCCCAACCUCGCUCGAACAAAAACGCAAGUCCAUGCUCGCCGGCAUGUCGUCCCUCUCUUCCCCACGCUACGCCACAGCCCCGUCUACCCCGCUCGAAUCUACCGCCGGUCGGAAAUCUUCUCUUCUGCUUGCGCGUAUUCGCCGCACUGCGACUGAUGAACCUGAGGAUAGCCCGCAGUCUGCUGGGGGGGUUGGUAAUAGCGGCGGUAGGCGGUCGUCGCUGUUGUUGCGGUCGAGACGGCUGGGGUCGGAAGAGCCGGAGGAUCAGACGCUGCAGCAGACUCAACAACAGCAACCGUCUCCUCGUGAGAGCGGAGGGGGGAGGAAAACCUCGCUGCAUCUACGCACUCGAAAAGCAAUGGUGAUGAGUGAAGACGAAGACGACGGGCCGACACGCAUUCGUGCGCCGUCUAGGGCGGUUACCGAGGUUAAUGGGUUUCGUUCCCACCGCCAUCACCGACAGCAACAUGACAGCGGCAGUGAAAACAACCGUCACAGCCCCGAAGGCCCGGCCACGCCAUCUGUGCUGCCGCGUCGGAGUAGACUCGUGCCUGCGGCGAUUGCCACCCGGCUGGCGACGGCGUUGCCGUCGAGUCAGCAUCAUCAUCAGCAUCCGAGCACACCGGCGAGGAAGUAUCUCGAGCGGAGUAGCACCACGCAGGAGCGCGAUCGGGAUCGCGAUCGAGAUCAAGACCGGACCCGAGACCGGGACCGCGACCGAGACAGGGAUAGAGAAAGAGAUAGAGAAGGCAGAGAAAGAGACAGAGAAAGAGCCCUACAGAACCUUUCCGAUCGGCUGGCUGAAGAAAGAGGGCACCAGCAGCAGCGGCAGGUGUCGGGGUCGGCGGGACUGGGAUUGGGGUUGGGGUUGUUGGGACGGAGUGGGAGUCUGGGGCGGAGGGGGGGGAAUAGGGAGACGGGGAUUCCGAGUUUGAGGCAGUGA